AUGCGCCCAUCCACUACCUUCACCGACUCCCUCACCGUCCUCCCCUCGACGUCCGGUCUCGCAUCCGAGCGAAAAUCCACCUUCCUUUCCCAAUCCGUUUGGAUCCCCUUUGGCGCGAGAGGGGUGUUCGGUGGGCAGGUCAUUGCCCAGGCACUCGUCUCUGCCGGUCGGACCAUCUCUCCUCCUCUCGGUCUUCACUCUCAGCACUGCUACUUCCUCCUCCCCGCCCUCUCGGACCCCGUCAUUGAAUACCACGUCGAGCGAAUCCGGGACGGAAAGAGCUAUGCCAACCGCCUGGUCAAGGCUAUCCAGAAUGGCAAGGUCAUCUUCAUCCUCGCCGCGAGCUACACGCUCCCGCCAAUCCACCUGCCCAAGCUGGAGAGCGGCUCGACACCCAUGUCGUUCCAGCCAUACAUGAAGGACGGGAACGGGAGGAAGGAGGCCGUCUCGCACUCGCUUCGGUUCGCUAUCGACUCGUCGGACAAGCCCAAGCCGGAGGAUGAUGAUCUGCCGGAUACGCGCAAUAGGUUCCAGCUGGACUUCCCGGAGGAUGUGCUCUUGCCGGAAGACUGCCCAGAGGAGGAGGAGCGGUGGGCAAAGUUUAUCGAGGAGGUGACGGAUGAGACCAACAAGCGGAAGAAGAAGAUCGUGGAGGAGUACAUACAGGAACGGCGACAAUCCCCAGUGUCGAUAUCAGCUGCCCGAUUCCGAGGGCGCGAAGUCUCGGACGGCUUCUCAUCCCGCAACGUCCGGAUGACAUGGAUAAGACCUCGGCUCCUGCCUGACGAAAAGCCAGACGGCGAGCUCAUGAAAGCGAUGAUAGCCUACAUCACCGACUUUCAGUUCAUCGGGACCGCUGCCCAGUCGGUCGGCCUCACAUGGACCUCCUCCCCUCGCCUCGGCAUGCUCGCUUCCCUGGACCACACCACACACUUCUACCCUCUGCCCGACGAUUUCAAGCCGGGAGACCCGAUGCUGCACGUCAUGGAGAGCGUGGCGGCGGAUGUAGGAGCUGGGAGGGGCUUGGUGAGAGGGACAUUGUUUGACCGGAACGGGGUCUUGUUGGCGGCGACAUUGCAGGAGGGUGUUGUCAGGGCGAAUUUUGGGCGUUCGGCUAAGCUAUGA